CUCUUUCCUAUAGCACAUGCGCAAAUAAAUAUUUGCAAGCGUCUGGAAGAUCCAGAUCAGCGAAAAUGGUUCCUAGUGUUUUUAUUUGGGAACAAAAGUAGAUUCUUCUCUCUGCUCUGGUGGAGAUUCUGAAUGGCACAACCUCAGUUACUGUUGCACAGCAAAGAAUAAAGAUGGAUCUGCUGGAGCAUUGUUUUCAUUGGUUUAUAGUUGAUAUUCCAGAGAAUACUACAAGGGAAAUAUCACUUCAAAGAAUCAUGACACUGUCAGAGAAAAGCAGAAAUAAUGCAAGGAUAUUUCUCCAUUAUGAAGAUGGAAGAGCUUUCUUCAAGUUUCUGGAUGGUUGUUCAACUUUCAAUGAAAUAGAAGCUACCGAAUUGAUCAAUGAUCCUGAAAUACAUGAUGUUUUCGUCUUACAAUAUAGCAAACAGAUUUUAGUUUGUAAAAACGCAGAGGGUUUAAUUAAAAGUUGUUUUCCAAAGGGUAUGGAAAGAAGAAUUGAGUAUAAAAGUUUACCAGAAAUGGUGCAGCAAAAGUCUGGAAAGUCAGAAGUUAUUAGAAGUGAACCUGUAAAUGAUGUUUGUCUUGAGGACAGAGUAAUCAGUUGUAAAAAUGAUAAGGUAAAUUAUGUGCAAAAGCACUCUGUAGUUGGUGUUGUUUGUAACCAAAUGAUUUCUGUGAAAACUGGAGAAAGCCUGCCUGAUAAUCAAGCAGAUACAAAGUACAAAAGAAUCAAGUUUGGAGAUUCUACAAGGUGUAAACCUGCAAGAAUAUAUAUUUUGUCAAACAAGGUGUUAGAAGAAAAUGAACAUGCUAGACAGGACAUUGAACAGAUUCUUUCUGUAUACAUUAAAAAUGUUGCUAAGACAUCAGAUGGAGGUACAGCAGCAACAAACACCUUAGCUUUGACUGACAAAGUAAUAAAGGAGGACAAAAUGGUAUUGAAUGAGGCAAAGCAAACAGAAAAAAGAACAGUGACAAAAUUUUCCCUUAACUCAGAUGCAUUGAAUGAAGCAAGAGACUGUAGUGCAAACAUAAGUGAAGACAUAAGACAAAUGGGUUUAGAUAAGGAGAUGAAGAAUUAUAUGAGACAUACAGACGCAUUUUUGCUAGCUGCUAAGCAGAGUAAGAAUUCAUCUAGAACAAUGAAUUUCUCUAAUGAGACAGAGUUAACAUUCAAAGAGACAACAAAGAAAAGAUUUAUAAAAACAAAAGAGCACAAGAAAUCUGUAUCUGAUCAGGAAGAUGAAGUGUAUAAAGAGUCAGCAAAAUCUAGUAGACAGAAGAAAGCAUCUGCAUCUAGACAGGCAUCUAAAAGAAGGAAAAGGAGUCGCCAUUAUGUUGGAAAACCAUUGAAUAACUGGAAGGGAAAAGUAAAAUGUUAUGUUGGGAAAAGGUUAAAUCACCAAGAGAUAGUUAAGAGGCGUCAAAAGAAACCAUUCCGAAGUAAGGGAUGGUCUUGGAAUUCAGAUGAAAAUCUGAAACAGAAGUACAUCCUUGAUGAAAAUGAAUGUUCCAUGCUUUCUUUUAAGGAAAGUUCUUACAAAUACAGUAAAGACAUAAUCAAACUUUUGAGGGAAUUCACUGAUCUGCUUCAUCAUGAAAGGUCUUGGAAAGUAACAGCUUAUGUAUACCCUUACAGGAGAGGGAAGUUAAGUAAGUCAUCUCAGAGACGAAAUCAACAGAGCCGCACACAUGCUUCUCAAGCUGCUGAAGGUAUUCAAGACCAGCAUCCAACACAAGUAUCUGAUGCUGCGAGUGAAAACUUAAACCUUCCACCAGCAGAACUUGUGCAGACAUCAGCAAGGUCAAUAUUUCAGACAUUCACAAAUAAUUCUCCUGCUCCUACUACAAACUUGAUGGUGUCCAUUGAUGCUGAGAGAAGUUUGGUUAACAGACUCCAGGGAGUGUUACCAGAGAACAGGUUUAGUCGACCCCAGCAGCCACCCAGGCACCAGCAGUAUUCGGAUCAACCUGCAAGACUGAGGUCAUUUUCGAACUGGCCCUCGACAGCUGGGCAGGAUCCAUCGAGGAUGGCCGUCUAUGGAUUCUUUUAUACAGGGAGGUUUGACCUGAUCAGAUGUUUCCAGUGUGGGAUUGGUUUGAAGGAUUGGGCAGCACCAGAUGAACCACUGUUUGAACAUAUAAAACACUCACCAGAUUGUCAGUUCCUGAAAGAUCUUCUUGGACAAGAUUUACUGAACGCAUAUAGAGAUAACCUGCUUGCAAACCAGUUAAGGCAGGCCACUGCUACAUCUGGAUCUUCUACAGGAAAUCAGACGCAAGCUACAGGUAGAAUCAGAAACCCACAGUACUCUGAGGCAACAGCAAGAUUACGUUCCUUUGACAAAUGGCCAGCGUCCUCACUACAGAGACCUCAGGCUUUGGUUGAUGCUGGAUUGUUCUAUACUGGAUUUAAUGACUUGUGUCGCUGUUUCACCUGUGAUGGAGGAUUACAACGUUGGGACGCAGAUGAUGACCCAUGGAUAGAACAUGCACGAUGGUUCCCUCACUGUAAUUAUGUGAGGCAGAUUAAGGGACAGGAAUACAUCAAUAUGGUACAGCAAGCUGCAGCACAGGCUCGCGAGGAGGAACAGGACCCUGCUGUUGUUUAUCCACCACCAGGACAACGUGCAGGAAGAGGACCUGUUGAGCAAGGAAUUUCUGACCUCACACUAGAGGAUACCAAUCCUCUGAACACACUUGCAGCCCAGAGUGUUAUAGGUAUGGGGUACUCCAGACGUGCAGUCCUGCUGGCAAUACAUGAAUACAACGGCCAAGCUCAUGGAGAAAGGGAUGACUACACAGCUGGUGAUCUUGUCAGGAUUCUUACAGAGAGACAAGACAGGGGAGAGGCUUUACCGCCAGAUUCACCAAGGGAUAGUUAUGCUACUCCUGCUAAUGUGUUGAUACCUGAAAACAUGGGUAAAUAUUCUUUAACUUACACAGUAAAGUAACUUUAAAAAAAAAGGAAUUUUUUCUUAGCAGUAAUUUUGAAGUCAGUUUAAAGUUUUAAACCAAUUUACACUGUGUUUAAUUCAUUAUUACUCAAUCUUUGUAACCAGGACUUCUACAUAUUAUUUAUAUUAAGGCAGAACCAAGAUUCUACUGAGACACCAGCAGAAUCAGACAAGCAUAUUCCUUAGAAAUGUUUCACUAAUAAUGCUGAUUCAAUGGUAUUCAUAAUGCCAUACCAAUAAAUGGUGAAACACUGAAAACAGUGCUUUAAAUGUAAAAGCAGGGAGACUUCACUGCUUUUACUUGGUACAUAUAAUACUUAUGUGAGCAUAAACCAUUUAGGAUCGAGAAGGGAUUUGAACAUACAAGACUUUUGAUUGUUACAAGGCAUGAGAUUCCUUCUAUAUGAUUGUGACAAGUAAAUCAAAUUGUAAAGGGAGAAAAGCAGAAUUAAGAAGAAGAAAAUAGAUUACAUUAUUUUGAAUGAUAAAUUUCAAUCAUUUUUAGCUCACCUGUCACAAAGUGACAAGGUGAACUUUCCUGUCCGUCCCUGCAUCUGAAAACUUUUGCUUGUGACCACUCUAGAGGUCACAUUUUUCAUGGGAUCUUUAUGAAAGGUAGUCAGAAUGUUCAUCUUGAUAUCUAGGACAAAUUCAAAACUGGGUCAUGUUUGUUCCAAAACUAGGUCAGUAGGUCUAAAACUAGAAAAACCUUGUGACCUCCCUAGAGGCUAUAUUUUUCAAUGGAUCUUCAUGCAUAGGUCAGAAUGUUCACCUUGAUGAUAUCUAGGUCAAGUUCGAAACUGGGUCACAUGCGGUCAAAAACUAGGUCAGUAGGUCUAAAAAUAGAAAAUCCUUGUGACCUCCCUAGAGGCCAUAUUUUUCAAUGGAUCUUCAUGAAAAUUGGUCAGAAUGUUGCCUUGAUAUCUAGGUCUAGUUCGAAACUGGGUCACAUGCGGUCAAAAACUAGGUCAGUAGGUCUAAAAAAAGAGAAACCUUGUGACCUCUCUAGAGUCCAUACUUUUCAACGGAUCUUCAUGAAAAUUGGUCAGAAUGUUCACCUUGAUGAUAUCUAGUUCAAGUUCGAAACUGGGUCACGUGCCGUAAAAAAUUAGGUCAUGAUUAGGUCAAAUAAUAGAAAAACCUUGUGACCUCUCUAGAAGUGCUAUUUAUCAUGGGAUCUGUAUGAAAGUUGGUCUGAAUAUUCAUCCUGAUGAUAUCUAGGUCAAGUUCAAACUGGAUCAGCUGCGGUCAAAAACUGGGUCAGAAGGUCUAAAAAUAAAAAAAUCUUGUGACCUCCCUAGAGGCCAUAUUUUUCAAUGGAUCUUCAUGAAAAUUAGAAUGUUCACCUUGAUGAUACCUAGGUCAUGUUCGAAACUGGGUCACGUGCAGUCAAAAACUAGGUCAGUAGGUCUAAAAAUAGAAAAACCUUGUGACCUCUCUAGAGUCCAUACUUUUCAACGGAUCUUCAUGAAAAUUGGUCAGAAUGUUCACCUUGAUGAUAUCUAGUUCAAGUUCGAAACUGGGCACAUGCCAUCAAAAACUAGGUCCGUUGGUCAAAUAAUAGAAAAACCUUGUGACCUCUCUAGAGCCUAGAGGCAAUAUUUUUCAUUGGCUCUGUAUGAAAGUUGGUCUUAUUAUUCAUCUUGAUGAUAUCUAGGUCAAGUUUGAAACUGGGUCAGCUGCGGUCAAAAUUUAGGUCAGUAGAUCUACGUUAUCCGUGUGUCCGUGCGUAAACUUUUGCUUGUGACCACUCUAGUUUAAGAUCCAGCCUUGAAAUUUGGAUCACAUGUACAGUUUUGCACACCAAUCUUUAAACUGUCUUUCAGUGGCCAUAAAUGUGACCUACUGAUCUACUUUCUAAUAUUUUAGCAUCAGUUUGCCAUUUGAAACAUGUGGUUCAAUAUACUCAGGUGAGCGAUUCAGGGUCAUCAUGACCCUCUUGUUUAUAUUUUAAUUUUCUGCACAGAUCCAGAGGAAGAAAAUCGACGGCUAAAGGGGAUACUGAAAUGUAUGCAGUGUGAGGAAAAUGAUACGAACAUUUUGUUCUUACCGUGUACACAUCAUAGGAUGUGUGAAGAGUGCGCAGAAAAUGCUGUCAUCUGUCCUAUAUGUGGGAGGAAAAUUGAUGAAAAAAUUAAAACAUUUAUGUCUUAAUCCCGGACUUCUCUCAAGACGUGCACGCCGUGUCUGGGGCACUUAAACACAGAUGUCUCAUCUUGCUGUUUGGUACCCGGCACGUGGGUUUCGAUAAUGUCCUCUUUUCAAAUUUGAUCAUUUGGAUUAUAAUGCAAAUUUAUAUGAGCUGAAACUUUAUAAUGGCCCUAUCCAUUUUUUAUGUCAAAUCGUUCACAUACAAGUUAAGUAUACCUGAACUCUCAAUAGUCAUAAGUACUCAGAUUGCCAGAAAUAUUAGAACUUUGCAAAUGUAAGUACUGGUACUUGUACAGUAUUUUAACACAUAUAUACCAAACAUGGUGCACAGUCAACAAUGGUUUUUUAGUGUGGUUUACUUGAGCUGGGUCUUUCUGACCUUGAACUUGUCAUUUUAAGCAAGUCUUACACUGUAAGUAAAUCAUGCUAUCAUAAGGCUUUUUGUUUAUUCAUUUAAGGUAUUGGACCUGUAACAGAGUACUUCCUUUAUGAAGAGUAUUCAGUUCCUACUAUAAACUUACUUUGACUGCAAUUUUCAGGGGGGCGUAGGUUCAAGCCCCACUGGGACCAAAAUUUGUUUUGUUUUUUUCCUUUUCUAGCAGUUUUUACUUCUUUCAAGACUUAUUAUUGAUGUAUUGUACAAAAGUGGAUUUUUUUUUCAUUUAAUAAGCGAUUUCUUGCUGUUCAAAGUGAAUUUACCUCUGGAACAGAAGGGGUAGAGUUAGAAAUCUUUAAAAAUAAUGAGUUACAUGCGGUAAAGGUUCUCUAUUUUGCCUUCAUUCUUUAGAUAACAUAUUGUGGAAGAAAUGUAGGUAGGUUUUACUUCUGCCCCAAAGUUAUUUUUGCAUGAAGUGAGCAAAAUUCAAAACAAACCUACAGGAUUCGACCUUAAUUUUUCAAUGUUGGAGUUAGAAUUCUGUCUCAUUAAAUCCGUUUACUUGAGGCACCCUAUAAAAAAUGAAGUUGACAUUUUAAUUUUGUGUUUAUAAUUGUUUACCAAUAGUUUGAUGUUUCUUUUAUCAAAAUUAAUGCUAUAAUGAAUUCUCUGCAAAUGUUUUAGAUAGUGGCAAUCACAUUGAAAUGUGUCCCUACUUGAGCUUGAGGAAAUACCAUAAGUUAUACAAAAUUUACAAAAAACAGCACGGUAAAAGUUGUUUAAAAUUUGCAACACAGUGUGAAACACGGUUAACUUCAAGAAUAUACCAAGCAGUUGUCACUUUUUAAACAUUACUAUUAGGGGUCCAAUACCUUAAGUUGAAAAGUAGCAACAAAAAGAAGUGAUAAUUAUCGAAACCCUGGCCUGGCUUUCACUAAAAUUCUCAAGGUAUGAAUUUUUCCCCGUCAAAGUUUUGGAUCACUGUAGUUUAGAAUCAAUUAUCACACGUCUCAUUUUCACCCACCUGCCUAUGUCAGUGAGUAGUGCACAAGACUUCAGUUGAUCUGUCGUGACUUUGGUCCUUGGGCAAGGCAGAUGUUUUCAGUGAAAGUCUGUUUCACAUCCAUGUGAAGAAGUUUUCAGAACUUGCAUAGUACAGUCAGUACUGGUAUGAAAUCCAGGAUCGUUUGCUAGGGUUAAAUUGUUCACUUAACUAUAACCACUCUGGGAAAUUGGCAUUAAACUGAUACAAAACAUACCAUUAUUAACAAGAAUUAUAAAAAAAAAAAAAACAAUAUUUUGAAAGAUUUACUGUCUAAUAAUUACAUGUCAUUUGGAAUAUGAAUAAGAACUAUAGAGCUUGUACCUUAACUUGAGAAUAUUAAUGAAAGACGGGCAGCAUCAUGCAGACUGUUGUAUGUUAGUGUAGUUGCAGACAGGAUAAAUAUGAGAUUUUACACUUUAUAAUAAAUGGAGGAGAGAGAUUGGGACUGAAAUAGAGGAUUGUCAGUGUAUUGUGACACAAAUGGAUAAAUUGAACAAAAAUGGGACUGUUCUGCUAAGCUUUCAGUUAAGGUGGCUCUGUGUUUUUUGAUAAGCUGGACGAUGUGAUAUGAUGGCAUUUAAUCUCUAGUGUAAAUGGCAACAUAUGUAAAGAGGAAAUUUGUUUAGUGUUUUCCCUACCCUUUGGACGGUGUUGAUAAAAAUAUCUUAUACAAUAUGCUUCCCUAUGGGUUUUGGAAAACAGUCUUACACAGACAGGCCUGUAAGAUCAUUAUAAUCUUUAGAUCCAUAUUAAAUUGGAAAUGUUAAUAUCUUUCUAAAUGUUAAAUAUCAAAAGUAAUGUUGCAUGCCAGCUGGAAAUUUGCAGAUGUCUUUUAUUGUCUUAAAUUCAUUUUCAAAUCUAUCUAAGAAACAUCAAAUACAUGACUCGAUCUUUUUUUAGUAGCCAACAUUGGUAAGUAUACCCUGAAGUUGUGAAAUGACAGUUAAAAUUUCUAAAAUUGUAGAUUUGAUUUUAACAGUUCUGUACAUUUGAAUUAUUUUUUCCCUACAAUGUAGAAUUUGGUUAAACUGUGAUGUUUCAGUUCUAAAGAAUGUACUAAGCAAAUAUGACAAAUAAGAAUUGGUUGUGUGCUUGACUUUUUUGUGGGUGUAAGCUUUAUUGUAUGAAAUCUGGAUAAAUGUCAUUUCUUUAUGACCUCCAGUUUGUCAGAUGCACAGAACUACCUUAAAUGAAAACUACUACAACUUCAUUCAAUAGUUAUCUUUGUCUUGAUUUGGACUCUGGGAUUGAGACUCGUGUUCUAAGACUAACAUUGAGAACAAGUAAUAGUUAAUGAAAACUGAUUUAAGAAAUGAAGUUUUUUCGAUAAAUGAAAACUGAUUUUAAAAAUGAUGUUUUCCUCUGAUAGUAUACUGUAAUUUUAAGAGUUACAGUAGUUAAGUGCUUUACAAAUGUUGACAUAGUAGAGCAGUUCUGACUGUGGCCAUGAUGUACAAUUUUUAUUUUCAUGCACACAGAAUAGGCCGAUUUUAUGGAAAAACUGGUGUUUAACAGAAAUUCAAAUGAAAAAUUAAUACCAGUGAUUUAGCACAAGAGUGACUAGCACUAAUUAUGCUAUAAUUAUUACAGCUUCAUCGGCAUUUCAUUCCAACAUAAGGGACAGAUGUAGUAUUUCAAGAAUAUUUUCAGUUAUUUUGUUUGUAUUUAGAAAUGUUCAUACAAGUAGCUUACCUGAGUAGGAGAAAGCCUGUUUGUGAAAUCCAAUUGAUGGGGUUUUUUUAAUGUUGAAAUUUGAAAUAACUUAAUUUCAAAAUUUCACAAUUUAGAAACUUCACUUCCCAAGCAGAAAGCUCCUAUUCAGAAGUUUUUUGUUUUGUUUUGUUUUGUUUUUUGGGUGGGGGUGUUGGGCGAGCUUUGAAAAAAUAUACAAGUUUAUUCAGACAUUAAACAGAUUAACUGAGUAGAAAAGAUGAGGUGUAAAAGUUUAACAUGGAAUAUUUCAUUAAAUGAUGCCAUAUAUACUCUUACACACCAGUUCUUUUGAGUGAAGCAAUUUUGUAAAAUGAUGAUUUUAGCUCCAGAAGCAAGUUACUAUAUUAAACAGUUUUGUUAAUCCUAAGAUUUCCUACUGCCUGAAGGCUUUUACAUAUUAUUAUAGAUAAUUACUCUGACAUUUUCAAGCUUUCUUAAAAAAGGGGUUCGGGGAUGGGCUGGUGUAUGGGAAGCCAUUUUUCUAUUGAGUUCAUUUUUGUGAUAUCACCUGCUUUUCACUUAUUUGAAAUGGUAUUAUCUCCUAUUUCAAUAUGUGAUAUCCUGUAAUCCCUUAAAAAUGCAUUAAGUAGUACAGUGACAACUCGUACCGAUGUCCUCCCCUUGUUCACAAAUUUAUGUAAAAGAUCUCCAGAGCAUACAACAGCAAAAAAAGAGAAAAAUAUUACGUACGACCGUAUCGGGAAGUUAAUGCUAUAUUUGUUAAGAAAGUUUUUAAACUUAAUUACUGACAUACUUCAUGUUAUUGAAACACAUGAGAAUUAGUUGUUUUUACUAGAUUUUAUUUUCAAAAUUGAAAAGCUUUUUUGCUCGAGGUAAACUGCCUUAAUUAUAAAUCUUUAUAUUUAACAAAGGUUAAAUACAUUUUCCUCCAUGGUGUACUGGACAUGAACAAAGGAAAGUUUUUAUUGCUGUUGCAGCCAGAGUUUUAUUCCCGGCUUAGGCAUCUUUUUUUUUCUUUCUUGAUUUGGUUUUUUUAAGAUAGUUUAGAAACAAAAACUCAUAUUUUAAUCUUCAUAAUAUGUCAAAACUUAUGGUUUUUUU